AUGGCUCCCGGACGGACGACAAAAAGGAGAAGGGUUAGCCCUCCGGGCGACGAGGAAGUCACCAAUGGUGCAGGCGACUUCUAUUCCCACGCCGCCGAAUGGGAUCUGGAGCAAGACUACGAGCAGCGACCGCGCAAGCUGAACAAGAAGGAAAAGGAAAGGACCAGGCUUCCAAUCAAGACAUCCGAGGGGUUUCAAAACGUCGAAGCAUCCGAAUCCGAGCCCGAAGACGACGACAGCUUCCUGGCAACUGACGAUGACGAGGAAAUGGAGAACGGUGAUGCCGGAGAAGAUGCGGCCGAAGAGAGCGAGGAAGAGGCACCGAAGAUUCCACUGAAGCAGCAGAUCAUACAAGCGAAGGAGGAGAUUGCACGAGCGGCGACGCUGAUUAACGAGGAUCCCGAAGAACAUAUUUCAUCGUUUAAGACGAUGUCUGAGAUGGUGGACGGUGGGUCGCACGUCGCGGUCAAGAAGCUGGCUCUUGCUUCGCAGGCUGCGGUCUACAAGGAUGUCAUUCCAGGCUACCGAAUCCGUCCGCUGAGCGAGGAAGAAACGUCCGGAAAGAUAUCGAAAGACGUGCGCAAACUGCGGAAUUACGAGCAGUCGCUUCUCUCGGGCUACAAACAUUACAUCCAGACGCUCCUGGCUUUCACGAAGUCUUCGAAGGAUAAGCCCAUAGACGCCGGGUUGAAAACCGUUGCAAUUAAUUGCGCCUGCAGUCUGCUCCUCGCUGUACCACACUUCAACUUCCGUGCGGAACUGCUGCGGAUAAUCGUCAAUCAGCUGGCGAGGAAGCGCAUAGACGAAGAUUUCGUCAAAUGCCGGGAUACUUUGCAAGAUGUAUUCUCUCGUGACGAUGACGGAGCAGUCUCGCUCGAAGCUGUGCGCCUCCUUUCCAAGAUGAUGAAGGCCCGAGACUUCAAACUCCACGGAAGCGUCCUAGACACAUUCCUCCACCUCCGACUGCUCCGCGAAUUCUCUUCAAAAGGCUCAAGGGACCGCGUGGACCGCGACAACGAAGAAGAAAACACCCUCGGCGGCAAGAAACUGAAACAAAAGAAGGAAUUCCGCACCAAGAAGAACCGCAAGCUCGAGAAAGAACGCAAGGCCGUGGAAAAGGACAUGCGCGAAGCAGACGCCCUCGUCUCCCAUGAAGCCCGCGACAAAAACCAAGCCGAAACUCUCAAACUCGUCUUCGGCAUCUACUUCCGCAUCCUGAAACUCCGCAUCCCCAACCUCAUGGGUCCCGUCCUCGAAGGUCUCGCCAAAUACGCCCACAUGAUCAACCAAGACUUCUUCGGCGAUCUCCUCGAAGCCCUAAAGGACCUAAUCGGGCACGCCGAAAACGACGAGCUCAACCCCGACGAUGACAACGCCGACGAAGAAGACGAAGAACCCACCACCUCACCAACCUCCACAACCCGCGACUCCACCCGCGAAUCUCUCCUCUGCACAGUCACGGCCUUCGCCCUACUCGAGGGCCAAGACGCCAGCAAAGCCGCCGCAGCCCUCCACCUCGACCUCAGCUUCUUCAUCAAACACCUCUACCGCUCCCUCUACACGCUCUCCACAAACCCCGACGUCGAAUACAACCCCAACGCCUCGAAUGCCCUCCGCCUCCCCGACCCUUCCUCCUCACAAGCAGCCCAGCAACAACAGAACAUCGAGCGCAAGAAGAAAGUCAACUUCCAAACGCCCAUUGUUCUCCUCCUCCGCUGCCUCAACGCCUCUCUUAUCUCACGCGCAAACGGCCUCCCGCCACCUGUUCGGUUGGCAAGUUUCGCAAAACGCCUUAUGACGGCGUCACUGCAGGUUCCUGAGAAGUCGGCGCUUGCGACGUUGGCAUUGCUGAAUCAGGUAGCUAGGCAUAACGCGCGGAGAAUCAGUUCGUUGUGGUACAGUGAAGAGAGAAAGGGAGAUGGAAUGUUUAACCCGUAUGCCACGGACUUUGAGGCGACGAAUGUGUUUGCGGGGACGGUUUGGGAGGGAGAGUUGCUGAAGCUGCAUUAUUGUCCGGAGGUUAGGGAUGCUGCUGCGGGUGUUGAGAAGAUGAUUGCUGCAAGGGAUUAG